AUGACAUCAAUAAAACAAGACCUUCAGGACAGCAGGAACUAUUCGAAGUCCGACUACAAGGUUCACGUUUCGCCAAACAAUCGGGUUGUCGAUCAUUGUUCAACGUAUGCACUUAGCAAUACUGCCGACAAGUGUUGGUGUCAAAGUUGCGAUCAUCGCCAUGACCAACAAUGUGAUCGAUGUGAAUUAUUGAAAGUUACUUUGAUCAAAAUUCAAACAGUUAUCGAAGAUUACGUGACAGAUUUGGGUGCACAUGAUCGUCUUCUUCAUCGACUACGACAACAAAUUCAAUAUGUACAAGAUUGGAAAGCACACCUUCUACGCACCAUUCAUCAAGAUCAAACACGUGUAGAUAUCUUGGAUAAUCUUAAUGAAGAAACUGUAAUGGCGGAUGUCGACUGGGCCAUGAAAUGGUUGCCAGUUAAAUAUAGAAAGUCAUCGAAAGAUCAGUUGGUCAAAUGUGGAUUAUCAUGGCAUAUUGCUUAUGUGAUUUGUAAUAAUUCUUCAACAAAUUCGAAGUCAUUUGAUACAUCCUUCGAUUCAGAUGUAUCCGCUCAUAUGCAUAUUCUAGAUGAGUCUAAUUAUGAAAAUAAGAUAUUUUGUCAUGUUUUCGAUCAGUGUGUUCAAAAUGCUACAACAGUCAUUUCGUCGAUUAUUAGGCAUAUAUUUCUAUGUCUUCGACAAACAUUACCAAAUAUAAAAUUUUUGCAUUUGAGAUCUGAUAACGCUGGCUGUUAUCACGGUAGCGAAUCGUUGCUAAGUGUUGUACAGAUUUUUAAAGAGACGGGUAUAUGGAUAAAAUCCAUUGAUUUUUCGGAUCCUCAAAGUGGUAAAGGUCCAUGCGAUCGCUGUGCAGCAGUCAUUAAAUGUUCAAUUCGUCGUUUCAUUAACGAAAAAAUGAUUGUACAAAUUCAAUUGAAUUUCUAA